UUGAAGUAGUAUUGAAGUACAGUAUAUAGUAGUAGUAUUGCAGUAAAAGUAGUAGAAGAAUGUUGAUGGUGUGAAAGUGACGCAGGUGAAGGAGAGCGAGAGAGAGAGAUGGUGUUUGAGGGCGAGAGAGUGUGUGACCUGACGUAUGAGAGAGACCUGAUGUAUAAAAGAGAGAGAGAGAGAGAGAGACCUGAUGUAUAAAAGAGAGAGAGAGAGAGAGACCUGAUGUAUAAAAGAGAGAGAGAAAGUGAGUGAGUGACCUGACAUAAAAGAGAGAGAGUGUGUGUGUGUGUGUGGUCUGAUGUAUAAAAGAGAAGAAGAAAGAAGAGAAGAAGAAGAAGAAGAUGUUUGGUGAGCGGGUAGUUAGCGUGCUGACCCUGACUGUGGUGCUGAGUGCGGGCGUGUGCUCUCCAGCACCUCCUCCUCCUCUUCAUCAUCAUCUUCAUCUACCUGGAGACUACGGAGUCAAACUGUGUGGGCGACAAUUCAUCAGAGCUGUCAUCUUCACCUGUGGAGGAUCUCGCUGGAGGAGAACCUUUGAGGAAGUCCAUUGGAGAGACAGGAGUGCAGCAAACACCUUCAACACCCGCAGCCUGGAGGACAUCUUGUCCACGCCUCUCAUCCUCUACUUGCAAGCCGCCCAGGACCACCCCGCUCACAGUACUGCUAGUAGUACUUGGAGGAGGAGGAAGAGGAGGAGGAGGCAGCUGUCCCUGGGCGUCGCAGGCAUCUGCUGCAGUGAAGGAUGCACCAAGAACGACAUCGGACGAUUGUGUUGACCGCACAACUUUGUCAUCGCUGCGCUUUUUGGCAACUUUAAAAAAAAAAAACACACACAAAACUUCUGCCUCUUCUUUGGAGAAGCAAUAAAUGUUUACUUUGAUGACGUUUGUAUUAAAAUACUGCGUGUAUAAAAUACACAUGUUUACUUUGAUGAUGACAUCACAAAUACUGCAUGUAUUCAAGUUCAAGUCCCACACACACA